ACCAUAUGUUGAUAUACUUGUCAUUUCCUCCACCUGCUUCCACCCACCAGUGUUUUCUAACCUCAAUUUACCACGUGUUAUUCGAGAUAUUGUUGGUGAUUGAGGACAGUUAUAAAUAAUGAUAAAAUACAAUUGUUUAUCAAUAGAAUAAGAGAAACGAAUUUAUUUUUGAAACAUGUCUGGAGUUGAAGGAGACACGGUGAAGCACAAAACUCACCGUGACAGAAAUGCGGGACGCAAAGCGGAGAAGAAGAAGGCGAAAAAAAGUCACAUUCAAGAGUUAACUGAUAAGCAGAGAAAUCCAAAAGCAUUCACCUUUAAUUCGGCGAUCAAAGCCGAACGACGUUUCAGGCGCAAACAAGACAUAGAGACGAAAAAGCAACACAUUCCUCUGGUUGACCGCACACCAAUAGAGCCGCCGCCGAUUCUGGUUGCAAUCGUGGGGCCGCCGAAAGUGGGCAAAUCCCUGGUCAUUCAAUGUCUCAUCAAAAGCUUCACGAGGCAUCCGCUCACAAACAUCACGGGUCCAGUCACCGUCGUUUCCGGCAAGAAGCGUCGAAUCACCUUCAUGGAGUGCAACAACGACAUCAACAGCAUGAUCGACAUCGCCAAAGUCGCCGACUUGGUCCUGCUGCUCGUCGACGCCUCGUUCGGCUUCGAAAUGGAAGUUUUCGAAUUUCUAAACAUCUGCCAAAUUCACGGUAUGCCCAGAAUUAUGGGCGUGCUUACGCACUUGGAUAUGAUCAAAAACGCGACUCUGCUGAAGAAGACGAAGAAAACUCUGAAGCAGAGGUUUUGGACCGAAGUUUAUGCUGGAGCGAAAUUGUUCUAUCUCUCAGGAAUAUUGCACAACGAAUACUUACGUAAUGAGGUGAAAAAUCUGGCGAGAUUCAUUUCGGUGAUGAAGUUCAGGCCACUCACGUGGAGAACGACACAUUCGUAUCUUCUGGCUGACAGAAUUGAGGAUCUGACAAAUCCAGAGGAAAUACGACAAAAUCCAAAAGUCGACAGAACUGUUAGUUUAUAUGGUUACGUACGUGGAGUACCAAUGAAAAAAGAUUCCUCAGUUCACAUACCAGGAUGUGGUGAUCUGCAAAUUAAGGACAUCUGCUUUCUUCCCGAUCCGUGUCCACUUCCUGAACAAUUGAAGAAGAGAUCUCUCGUCGAGAAGGAGCGUCUCGUUUACGCACCUUUCUCGGGCGUAGGCGGCAUUGUCUACGACAAGGAUGCGGUUUACAUUGAUUUAGGAGGCAGCCACUAUCACAAAGACGACACCGGCCUGCUCGGUGCCCUUCAGAAUCCCAAAGAGAUGCUCGACGAGAAACUCGAGAGAAGCCAACUGCAACUCUUCAGCAACAGUGCGCCAAUUGCAUCGAAAGAUGUCGAUGAAAACAUUUUUGGCAUUACCAGUGAAAGCGUUUUAAAGGACGGCAGAGUCAGGCGGAAAGUUAUUUUUAAGGACAAAGGACAAGAUGUUGAGUCUGAAGACGAGGAGGAAAUCGAGGAAAUCGAGGAAAUCGACUCUGACAAAGAAGAAGAGGGUCACAAAUUAAAAAACAAACAGAAAGAGUCCCUCAAGAUUGACGAUGAAUCCAGCAAUGAAGAUGAGUCUGAUGAAGAAGAGAAUGAAAAGAAUGAAUCACUGAGUUCUAAUUCAAGAAAGAAUUCAAAGAGGAAGAGCAUUGAAUCUUGUGACGAUACUUCGGAUGAUGAUGUGGAAGAACGUGAACCUCAAGUAAAUGUUAAAAUCAAGAAGAAGAAGAAGAAAAGUGCAGAACAACCGACAAGAAACACAAAUUCUUACGUAAAAGACAGAAUUGCAGAGGCACUAUCUCUAAUAAGCGCAAAAUCCUCCCAAAGUUCGACGUCAAACAGCAAAAAAAUGAGCGAUGACGAGGAAAGUUUUGACGAGCUAAGCGAAGACGAAAGAGAGAAUUUGAGUAUAGAUGAAUCAGACAAAGACUCAAUUUACGAGGAUGAAGAGAUGGAGGAGAAAAACCGAGAAAAUGAUGAUGAUGAUGAUGAUGAUGAUGAUGAUACUUUACGUUGGAGGAAUAAUUUAGCCGAGAAAGCACGAGACGCAUUUCUCAAUCGUCGCCGAGAAAAUGUAAAUAUUGAAAAAAUUGUUUACAGUGUUUUUGAAAAAGGAAAUUUACAGCAAGAGGAGAAGAGAGAUAAGAGUGCAGACGAUUCAGAAGCAGUUGGUGGAAUUUUCCACUUGGUAAAGAAGCAGCAGCAGCAAAAAUUGGAGGAACGGGAAGUGAAGGAUCAAGAAGACAAUUCGUUUUUCUCGACAGAACCAACAUUAGAUUGGUUAGUGAUGGAAAAUAAGGCACUUUUAGUCAAUCGUUUUGUAACUGGAAAGUGGAAGGAGUCAGAAGAUGCGGAGGAACUUUUGAAACUCAACGACUUGGACGAUCAAGAUCUGUAUGGAGACUUUGAGGAUUUAGAGACUGGUGAGAAAUUCGAAGCGAAAACUAACGAAAAAGAAACAGCUCCAAAGGAAGUAGAUGACGAGGAAAAGGAGAAAAUGAACAAAUUACUGGAGAAAAAGUUAAAACUGAAAAAACAAUUUGAAGCCGAAUAUGACGAAAAUGACAAAUCAUAUUACGACGAUUUGAAAAAGGAGGCCGAGAAGCAGUCUCAAUUGAACAAGUCAGAGUUCGAAGGACUGGACGACGAGGUUAGAGUCCAACUGGAGGGUUUCCGCCCCGGAAUGUACGUUCGCGUGGAAUUCGACUCGGUGCCUUACGAGCUGGUGGAGAACUUGGAUCCGUCGUAUCCUCUCAUUGUCGGAGGUUUGCUUCCCGGCGAGCAGAAUGUGGGCUACGUGCAAGUGAGAGUGAAGAAACACCGUUGGUAUCCGAAGAUCUUGAAGAGCAGAAAUCCUCUCAUCGUCUCCGUCGGUUGGAGGCGAUUCCAGACCAUUCCCAUCUACUCGAAGCUGGAGGACAAUCUGCGCAACAGAAUGCUCAAGUACACUCCAGAGCACGUCGCCUGCAUGAGCCACUUCUGGGGCCCAAUAACGCCCCAGAGCACCGGCGUGCUGGCCGUGCAAGACGUCGCCUCGAGGGAGUCGGGCUUCCGAAUUGCCGCCACUGGCACCGUCGUCGAGACGAACAAGACCACGACGGUCGUCAAGAAACUCAAACUCACCGGCGCUCCGCUCAAGAUCUACAAGAAGACCGCCUUCAUCAAGGACAUGUUCAACACUGCCUUGGAGGUCGCCAAGUUCGAGGGAGUGCGCAUAAAAACCGUCUCCGGCAUUCGCGGGCAAAUUAAGAAAGCAGUCUCGAAGCCCGAGGGCUGCUUCCGCGGCACGUUCGAGGACAAAAUCCAGCUGAGCGACAUUGUGUUCUGUCGCACUUGGUACAAAAUUGACAUACCAAAGUUCUACAACCCCGUGACUUCACUUCUGCUCCCGCCCAGCGAGAAGAACCAGUGGCGAGGCAUGAAGACUGUCGGCCAAUUGAAGCGCGAGCAGAACAUUAAGGCACCAGCGAACGUUGACUCCAUCUAUCAACCAGUCGAGCGGCAGGAGAAGUUCUUCAAACCCCUGUUCAUUCCGAAGAACUUGCAGAAGGAACUUCCUUACAGGGACAAGCCGAAAAUGCUGCCAGAGUUGAAGAAGAGGAAGCUGAGUGUUGAGGACAAACGCGUGGCCGUCGUUCGGGAGCCUAGGGAGGAGAAUAUUGCAAAACUGAUGAAUAUGAUCAAGACCACCUACGAACACAAGCGAGAGAAGCAGCAGGAAGCCACGCACAAGAGAAUUGCCGCUCAUAAGAAAAAAGUCGAGGCUGAAGAAAUGAAGAGACUUAAGAGGCACAAAGAACUCAAAAAACAAGUCUUCCGAACUCUAAGUAAAAUGGAAGCUAAAAACAAGAAGGGAUGAAAAUUCUCUUAAUUAUUUCUAUCAAAAUGCAAAAUUUGUAAUGUAAAUAAAGAUUUUUAAUUUUA